CAAAAACUACAAUGAACUGUGAAAGUCAGUGUCAGUGGUGUAAUGCAAAUACUUGGAUGUGUUGUAUGAGUGCACAUGGAAGUGUUGAGGUGCAAAAACAAAGACAAACUCAAAUAUGCAUGAGGAGAGGAGCUGAGACCUGACAGCAGAGCACCACACAAACAACAGGAGCCCAAGUGGACGCCAAAGGUGAUCCAGAAGGUGGAGACGGCCAGGUUUAAAUACUCCGUGCUCCAAAUGAACAAAUCAGCAGCACCUGUAAAGGGGAGGGGCACAAAGGCAGAUAACAAAGCCACCUGCAGCCCAGCUUAUAAGGCCCAGGAACGUAACAUUGCCUAAAGCUGUCAGUGCUGGGAUGUUUGAUCAAAUGGUGCCUAAGCAGUUUAAUUAUCUUUUUUGUUUAAGACAGUACGGCUUUGUGUCACACAGUACAACUUUUUUUUCUCAACCAGGUGAUCAGAUCUUUUUUAUCACUCAUCUCUUUUCUUCAGACAAGUUUUGCGUAUAUGGUGACAGAUAACAAUGUGAGUUGGCAAUGUGGUUAUGGCUCAGAAAGUUAUAGGUCAAAUGAAAGAUAAUAGCUGACUAUGGCAUUCAUGUGUAUACACAAUCACAUUAAAUGAGAUGUUUCUUACCAGAAGUACCAUUUAAAAUGAAUCAGCAGUUAUUAAACAUGCUGUUAAGAGGUUUUGAAUAAGCUGAUGCAAUCUAAUGUUAAAUCUUGUGUUUUCACUUGAUGUAGCAGAAAAUAAUAAAAACAAAAUAGGAAGAAAGACUUGCAAGCAUCAGCCUGUGUGCCUUUAAUCGAAAACAUGUUUCACUUACUAAUCUGAGUUUCAAUAAUAAUCUAACUUAUUUAAUGGAUCUGUACAGAGUAUGUUUCAUUUUUCUCAUUUUAAAUAUUUCUAUUCUAGGCUAAUUCCUUACAGACAGACAGUGCAGGAACAAAAUUCAUUUUUCAAGGAUAAUAAUAAAAAAGAAAUUAAAAGUAGGGCCAAAUAAACAAAUACCACGCAGAAGGAAGUUUGAUAUGAAAUAUGAAAGGGAGAUAUGUGUGGUGAGAUUAUAAAUGUGUGGCUUUAAAACCACUACAGUGCUGGUUUGCAUGCAUAGUCUCACAAGUCACUGCAGAUAGUAAAGUCAUUUAUAUAGUUUGUAACUAAUAUUACAUGAUUCAUUAGUAAUAUUUGCUAGUAUGACUAUAUUUUUUAUAAUACUAAAAUAAAAAUUUUAUUGUGCAAACAAAAUUUUAAGCAAUGGUUGCAAGACAGGCUAAAAACAAGAAAAAAUAGAAGUUGCUGCAGCUAAGGACUUCCUCUAAAAGCUUAGCAAGAGUGAGAUAAAAGAUAAGUGUGAAAGUAUGAUCUAACACUUAGUCAUGCUCAGCAUUUGAACCUCACUCCAUCAACCUGCAACAUGAACCAAUCAGACUCAAAGAGCACCACGGAUAUUGAUAUUGAAAAAACAAUUUACACUUUGGUGGAAGUUCUCAUUGCAAUAUGCUGCUGUCUUGGGAAUGCAAUGGUUGUUUUGGCUCUGUGGAGAACCAAAAGCAUCCAGCAACCCACCUACUGCCUCAUUGUGUCUCUGGCUGUGGCUGACUUUCUUGUUGGAGCUGUGGGCAUACCGUUGGCUGUGCUGGUGGAUGGCCGAGUGAAAACAUCAUUUCACAUUUGUCUUUUCAUCAGCUGUGUGGUGAUCCUGCUAACCCUUGUUUCGGUUCUCUGUUUGACGGCCAUUGCUGUGGAUCGUUACCUUCGGCUCUCUCACCCUUUCUGGUACAAAGGGACUGUAACCUGGAGGUAUUCAUAUUCUGUGGCUGCUGCAUGCUGGUUUUUUUCAGUACCAUUGAGUUUUACUCCAAUGUUUGGAUGGAAUAAAGGACUGAAGACAUUUAAUGCCUCUGAUAAAUGCAUGUUUGUGAAUGUGAUCUCCUUGAAUUAUCUGGUCUACUUUAACUUUUUUCUCUGCACCUUAAUACCACUGCUGGUGAUGACUGUAUUGUACGCCUAUGUUUUCUGCUACAUUCGAGAAAAUCUCAGAGAGAAACCAGGCAACGGUGCCCAAAACCAGUCAAAGAACUACCUAAGGAAAGAGAAACAGUUGGCGUCAUCUCUUGCUCUUGUCUUGGCUCUGUUUGCUCUGUCCUGGCUUCCACUUCACAUUAUGAACUGCAUCUAUUUAUUCGCAAACCAUGCAACCAACAUAGCUUUCCAUAUUGGCAUUUCUCUUUCUCAUGCUAAUUCCGCAGUAAAUCCUGUCGUGUAUGCAUUUAAAAUAAAAAAGAUAAAGACAGCAUACAUAAACAUCUGGAAACGAUAUACUUAUUGUGAAGCAAAAAGUCCAGGAUCUCAGACCAGCAAGUCUGAUGUUAUGCUCAGCUCCAACAAUAUGAUUGAGACCAGUAAAGCCUAAAUAAGUUUAUCUGUGAAAAUGUUGCAGCCUUUUUAUUCUAAUCUGAGAUUUUUAUUAAUGCUGAUAAUGGUGGUGUAAAUAGGAAUAGCAAUUAUGCUUAUAUGAAUAUGUUUUUAUUGAUGCUAAUGACAUUAACGUAUGGACUGUAUUGCUGUGUAUAUAAAUACUUCUUAAUUGUGACAAUAUUGGUAUGUCUAUGACUAGUAAAGGUAUCUUCUAGUCUUGAAUUUCUUCAAAUGUCUAUUAAUGUGUUUAUCUAUUUGUGUUGGGGUGUGAUGUGAAAUGAAAACAUUUUUCUUGUCUAAAGAAUGUCCUCUGAAUGGUUUAGGACUGACAGUACAGAAUUUUAUACACAACAGGAAAAAAUGCUGCCAAAGCAACUGAAAGAUGCUUAACAAACAUGUUUUUUUUUUGUCUUUUGAAUCCCUGUCAUCAAAUAUUAUGGUAAUUCAUGCAAUGUUAAAGUUUGCAUCUCAUUAAGCUUCCCUUUUAUUGCAAAAAAAGAAAAAAGCACUGCACAAUCUGGAACUGCAUUAUUUCUGAUGAGAUCUUUUAGAACACAAUUCAUGAUUUGUAAACCCUGUGUUGUAUUUACAAGGUCUUAUUUGGUCUUCAGAAAUGAUGUUGUGAUAAAAGACUCACAGCAUAACAAUAAGUUUUUAUGGGACAAAAAGUAAAUGGAUCAUUCAAAUUUGGAUCUAAUUUCAAGUGAUUAGAUCAAAUGAGAAUCUCGGUUUGAUUAUUUUUCACCACUCUGUAAAAUUACAAUAUGUGAAACCACACAAAUUACAAUUUCACAGCAACAGUACUGAGAAGUGUUACUUGCAUUUUUCUUCUUUUUUUUGUUCCAGUUCAUUAAACAAUGUUGUGUAUCAACCAAAUGUAACAAGGGUGAUGUAUGUUGUCUGAACAAAGAUAUCCAAAAAACCUGGUCAUAUAUAAAAAAAGUAAGUGCUCUCUUGCUGAGUCAAGUUUUAUAAAUCACAUCCAAGUCUGAUUCCUGUAGAACCAUGAAACUACUGAAAUAGAACACGUCUGAACACAUGAAGUGUUAAGAAGUGCCUGAUCUAAAGAAAUCAAAGAACAGAUGAGAACCAAAGCCACACCUAUGAGCCUGGAACAUGUUGAAACUGCAACAAGAGAAAUCAUUUUAAAAAAAGAAAACAGAACCAUGGUGAAUGUGUCCUGUAAGACAGCAAUACCAAAAUGACUCAGCGAUGAUCUCAGAUCUUCAAAAAGGACAACAGCUUGAGUGCUGCAGCCCUCAAAUGUCUCAUUUAAUGUCAGUGUUCAUGUCUCAACAGCAGGGAAGAGGUUUGGAAUAAGAGGAAAAGUUAUUUAAUAACCUUUUGGAAAGUGUAUGUCCUAUGACUUUAGGUGAAAAUCUAGCACAGCAUUUGUGAGGGUAAGAAAAAAAACAUCAUACUAACAAUUAGACAUGAUGGCGGUAGUGUGAUGUUCUGGGGCUGCCUUGUUUUUUCAAGGUGCGGAUGAUUUAUUAUAUUUGAAGGUGGCAUUGUCAACAUUAGUUAAGACAAUCUUUGGUGUGAAAUAAACAAAGUGGGCCAAACGUUCACUGCAUGAAUGUGAAAGACUUUUUUUACCAGCUAUUACAAAUGCUUGCAGUCAUUGAUUGUAAGGGUGACAAAUCAGUGGUUAGGUCAAGCAUGCACAAGAUCAGGUUUAUUUGGUUUCCUUAGCUGAAUGAAAUGAUCAGUAAAAAACUGUUUAAGUAUUUUCUCAUGCUAAGCUCAAGUUAAAAAUACCAAUAAAUAAAUAAAUAUUUGCCUCUCAGUUUUACCUAAUAUAAAACUUUUAACAAUUUUAGUUUCAUUCUCAUGAGUUGAAUUUAUAUUUUGACAGCUGCAAAAUGUAUUGCAAAAUGUUUGUUGCAAAGAAACCCACUUCCACUUGAUUAAGUUCCAGCAGUUUCAUAUCACUGUUUAUCAAUGUUUGAGUUUAAGUUUCCGUUCAUCUUGAAAGUGCAUACUCUCACAGAAACUAGUUUCACUUCAUUGUAAGUUAAUCUUAACUUGUACUUAUAUAAUUUUUUAGUAAAUUUAAAUGAUCAAAAGUAAGUAGAACAUCCAGAUUGGCUGAUCGUUUGCUUUCAGUCUUAAUUAGAAGUGAAAUCAGCUUUAUAUUGAAUAUUAUCUGGAUUAUUCAGUUUAUUUUUUUGGGGGGGUAGGGGAGCUUUCAUCUGUGUGUUAUCAUGCAUAUCUGCAAACAGGAACAUGUAUCUUCAUGCUUCUGCCCUGCAAUACCACAUUAUACAACCACACCAGAAAACUGAGCAAUCUUGCUUGGCAUACUUUGAAAAGGGUUAAGGUUUAAAAGUUCACGGUAAUGCAGUACAAUAUCUUCAAGGUUUUACAAAGAAUCUUCUAACAAGAAUUUUCUCACUUCUCACAAGGUUCCAAUGUCACAAAUAUUAGUAAAAUCGUAUACAUUUUAUUUAAAAAACUAGACCUGUGCAACAAACUAUCCACAUUAGCUAGCAUGGCUGGUAUGUUGCACUGCUACUUUAAUUUUAGAUUAAUUAAAGUAUUUCUGAGUGGCAUACAAAUAAAAGCAUCAGAACAUAAUUCUGAUUGGUUCCUAUGCUGUGUGAAUUUGUAUAUUACAACUCUGCUUUUUAAAAUCUGAUGGCUGUUUCUUUUUGUGGUCACCCAGAUAUAUUCUGUAUUUAAUAAUGUAUUUUUAUGAAACUUCCCCUUUUGGAAGCUCAUUUAGAACAUAUUUAAUCUCUAACUACCAAUAUAUACAGUUAGAGUAAGAUUUUUAUUAACACAAUAUAAAAGACAUGAUCUUUUUUCAGUUCUGCUAAAUUUAAUUGAGUUAAAUUUUGUUUAUUUACAAUGUAUUGUGCUGAUUGUUUAUUUGACAAAACUCAUGCUUUAUGUCAAGAUAACUGAAAUUGUUCACCCAACUGUGAAGGUCUUAGCAACCUCAAAUUGUGUGGUCACUUUGCUUUGUGCUGUUCACAAAAUACAAAAUACAAAAUACAAUAGAUGGAAUAAAAAACCAAACAUGUCAAAAUUAAAAAUAUACAGUUUAAAUAUUGUGAAAAAACAAAGCAGAGGAAAGAGGAAAAUAAGAGAACAAAUAUUCUGAAAAAGAAUUUUUCAAAUAUUGUUUACAUCUUUAUGAGUAAAGGUAAUAUUUAAAAAAAAUAAACUGACGGUUAAGAUUGAAAAAAUCAAAUUUUGACAGUAAUUAAAACAACUUUUUCACCAUCAUUACCAUGGAAAUCCUGUCAAAAACAGACAGAGAGCUGGUUCCUUCUAUUUUCCAUCUGCAUGGUUACUUACUGAUAACUCAGCUGCCCCUCACAGUCAUCCCAGUUUUUUUUUUUUUUUUAUGUGUACUGAUUACCACUUCUCUCACAACUAAUAUGUAAUUAUUCCUUGCUGAUUUUUACUUGUGCUAAUUUUUCCUGCUAGAGCCUCCAGACUGAUAGGUGCUGAUGAGAUGCUUCCUUUAAAGACCAAAGCUGCUGCUUCCAUCACUUUCUGCAGCAUAGGGGAACCAAACCUAGCUUCUAGUUUCAGGAAUAAGUGUUUGUUAUACUGUAGCAAUCUACACAUUCUCUGUAAGUAAGGUCUUACUGCUAACUUCGCUCUGCUUCCACCAGUGCACACGCAUACUUAAGCUUUAUGUGGCGCUCACACACUCCUCCUCUUCAGUGACACGUAAAGGAGCAACGCCCCCUGCUGUUGUUAGCUGGUGAAGUUGCUCAGUUUAACCUUUUCGUUUAGAGAACAUGGCCUGCUAAUGGUCUGUAGCUUUCCGGAAGAAAUAGAUUGUUUGUCCACACCUGAGUUUGAAAAACAAGGUUAAAGAAAAAAUACAGACUGAAAGACAGAACUGGCCCCAGGUUGUAUGAGACCCUAAAUAGAAUUUUGUUUGGGCCCCCAAACACAGCUAAGCCCAUUAGUCAAUGUCACUGACUUUUGUUGCAGUAAAUACUGAAUUAAAGAAAUGUUUGUCUUUUUGGUUUUAGUUUAUAUUUUGUAAAUAGAAACAUAAAUUCUUGAUUUAUAUUUAAGUUAUGCUUAUUCAUAACACACCUGUCAAAUAGCAUUUGUGCAAUUUUCAAUUUGACAUUCUUUUGUCCAUGUUCUCUUGGAGCCUGAAAGUGAACAUCAGUAGAACUUUUCUGUACCAUAAGGAAAAACUAACAAACAACACCACUUCUAAUAAUGCUCUGAAAAAUAAAUCAAUACAAUUAUUGAUUUAUUAAUAUUAUUUGUCCUCUUUUUUUGUGCUAAUUUCUCUUUAACAUUUGCAAAGUAAAAUUGAAGUAUUACAAAUAAGACACCUUUUGUAAAAUUUUUUAUUCAAAAUACAUGACUAAGGAAGUAGAGACAAAAAAUUGUUUCUUUCUCUUUCUUCAGCAGUGAAUGUUAGUGUGGUUAAUUUUACACCAAGGUCGAGACUGUUACUAACACAAAGUAUACAUUUGUGUUAUACAAAGUAUACAUUUCUUUAAAUUCAAUAUCUAUGGAAUUAAAUAUCUUAUUCAAUUUUGAAAAUCAGCAAUAGUUGCUUCUCUAUUAAUGCUAUACAUUCCCACUAAAUACAUUUAAUUCUAAAUUUAUACUUUAAACUUUAAAGCAUCUGGCUUUAGAACUUCAAAUAUACCCAUACUUCAGAGUGUAGUCAUUUAUUAGAUUUUGGCCACACGGUGGCGGUAGAGAGUCUUUCAAUAUUUAGAUAAGCCAGUGAGAGGGAUUCCAAGCACUCAUUGUACCUUUCAAGGAAGGUAAUAGACUGUAUAGUUAUCACCUGAGUAGGAUUUGCUCCAUCCCACAAACUAUACAACCUACUACCUCACCUUGCUAGGCUCAACUUCAAGUAUAUAUCUAUGUUCUUUAAAAAAUGCUUUCUUGAUCAAAUAUUAAAAAAAUUAUGUCUUUAAAUAAACGUCUUUGCAGCAGCUCGGUAAUGACAAUCUUGUGCCUCAGAUGCCUUUGAGUUGAGCGUUUAUUUAUUUUCUGAGUUCCGUAACUGAAGAAGCUUCCGAAGUGCAUGAAGGCUUGUCUUGAAUCGUGGC